GAAAAAUAAGAAAACGCGGCGUUUUUGUUUCCUCCCCGUCUCCAAAAUCGCUUUUCUCUACACUGAAACCGAGUUUGUUCUUCUCCGACAACUUCUUCAUCAGUUGGUUUCGUCGUCUCCGAACAUAGUUUUCUCGAAAGCACGAACCUCACAGUGGGCUGAAGAGUUCUCGGAAUAGCCAUGGAUGGGGUGGGUGAAAGUUCGACUCAAAAUGAGGUAGAAGAGAAGCCUGUGAUUGUUAGAGUUAAGCGAAAAGUUGGACAGUCUCUGCUCGAUGCUUUCUGGUUGGAGAUAAAUGAAAGACCACUCAAACGGCCGACUCUGGAUUUCUCAAAGCUAUCUAUUUCAGAUUCAGGGGAGAGAGGUCCUUCUGUGGCAGAGGAUGUGAAACCGAAGAAGGUGCUAGUGCGGCAUUUGGAGACAGUUACGGACUCUGAAACCACAGCUGAUAUUAUCCACUCUUUCUUUGAGUCUGAUCAUAAUGAGAAAAGUUGCAGUAAAGGAAAGUUUGAGGAGAGGAAAAUUGCUUUCAAGAAAGACAAUAGAAAGGAACAGCGCCUGACCAAAUCUGUACAAAAGCAACAGAUUGCUUCAGAGAAUGCUCGGUUUGAGCAAAUAUGGCGGAGUAGGAAGGGAAACAAGGAAGGCAUCCAUGAGAAGUGUCAUUUCUUUGACGUUAUUCGUGUUGAUACUGAAGAAAGACGAGACAAUGCACAAGAGUUUACAUCCCUGGAGGACCAGAAAAUGCUCGCUAGUUUCUUGCCUCUCCUUAGAGAAUGUAUUCCAACAGCAGCUGAAGAGAUUGAAGCUGAUAUACAAUCUAGUCACACCGAAGAAUACGUUUAUGAUUAUUAUGCUGUGAACGAAGAGAUGGAUAUCAGCGAAGAUAGUUCCAAGAAUCAGUUUCCUCUUGUCAUAGUAGAGGAUGAAGAAGAAUUCUGUGAUGGAUCUGAUGAAUCAGACUACGACUCUGAAGAUUCAAACGCUGAAGAUCAUCCAAAGACUGAUUACCCAGAGGAGGAAGAAGAAGAAGAAGAAGAAGAUGAUGAUGAUGAUGAUGAUGAUGAAUCAGAAGAAGAAAAGAGUGAAGCCUCUGAUGAAUCAGACGACGAGGAGACUUCAAAACGACAUGUGAGAAGUGUCCUUGGAGAUGACGAGUUUGAUGAUUACGCAGAGGAUGUGUAUGGUUACAGCGAGAGCGAUGAGGAGUUUGAGUCUUAGUUAAUGCCUAAAUGUGUCUACUAUUCUUAUUGAGAGAUACUAAAGAGAAUUACCGUAAGGCUGUGAAUCAAAAUUGUGUCUCCACUUUUAAACGAAAUUAGAGGUGAAAUCACUGAAAUGCAUGUAAGGGUGAUGUUUUGAACAGAGUAGAUCAUCAUAUAUAUAUUCUACAGAAAACAUAAAAAAAAAAUAAAAUCAAUACAUUUUGAAAGAUUAUACAUAAUUCUUAGUUUUUUUAAAACAAACAUUUGAG